UUCUCCGUUCCUCCUCAGCCUCAAGGUUAGAUCACUUUUCUUUUUUCCCCUUUUUUUUAAGCUGCCUUUGGUGGCGGCUUUAAACUGGCAGCAGUUUCUUCCUUCGCAGAUUUGAAGAGAGUUCAAGUUAACAGGCUGCAGGUCGAUUAUAAACAGCGGGGACAUUUGGAUUUAACAACAGUUGUCCAAGGAUUAGCAAACUUUAGGGCUCCCCCCCCGAAAUACCCUCGAGUUUACGUUUCCCUCAAGAGGACUUGGUGAAUUUUUGCUGCUCUGUUGUUUGGACUGGAGUCUGUAAACUCCUCCAGGUGUCUUUGUUGCUCCACUGUCGUGUUUACUCGGAUUAAUCUGCUGGAGGAUGCUACUGCUCCUGCAGCGGGCGCGUUAAACUCCUCCCGCCGCCGGACUCCGAGCUCCUUCCCGCGGUCCCGCCACGAUGGGCUGCGGGCUGCGGAAACUGGAGGACCCUGAGGACAGCAGCCCGGGGAAAAUCUACUCCACUCUGAGGAGACCGCAGGUCGAAACCAAAACAGACACCGUCUACGAGUACGUGCUGCUGGACUUCAGCUUAGAAGGCAGUCGACCCACGGUGCAGUAUCUGUCCUCUCUGUGUGAGCUGCCUCAGGCCCUGCAGCCCUACUACACUCAAGGCUAUGUGCUGGCUGCCCUGCAUCCCAUCAUCCUCUCUGUGGGCCGCACACGCUCACUGCCAUGCAGCCUGCUCUACCGUGCCAUCUUGACCAGGCCACGACCAAGCAAGCAUGCUGUAGCCAUGGUCCACAGUGUACCAGUGCUGAGGGUAGAGGAGUGGCCACUGCCUGGAGACUCCCUGACCAGUGACACUGUGAGAGCUCUCGUAGACCGGGUGAACAGCAUUGCUCGGGGAGGUGUGCGGUUUGUGGGUUCAGUGCUUCAGCAGGGUGGAGGAGGAGGAGGAGUAUGUAAUGGCAGGAUGGCGAGUCCAAGACGUGGCUGCCGCUCCCCACCACGCACCCCACCAGGAGACAGAGAGGUGGAGGAUGGAGACUACAGCCCAGAUCUGAGGCUUCUGGUGCUGUUCCACUCCUGGGCUCCGGGCUGCGCUCCACUGGAUGCCCUGGCCUGCUGCUACCACCAGGGUGCGCUGUCUAUGCGUGUGUCCAGGAAGGGCCAAGUUGUUAGCGGCCUGGAGGCUGAUUGGCUGGAACUGACCGCAGCCUACUACCGCAAGGGCUGGUCAUUAGUGGACUCAUUUGUGUACUGGGACACACCCAAAGGUGAGCCAGUGCCCAGAUCUUUAGAGGGUUUGUUUGUUUAUGAGGAGAGGAGCUCUGCACCUCCGGCCAACGACACCAUCGUAGUGGAGCAGUGGACAGUUAUUGAGGGCUCUGAUGUAAAGACAGAUUAUGGGCCACUCCUUCACACUCUGGCUGAGUUCGGCUGGUUACUGACCUGUGUGCUGCCCACACCGAUCAUCCGUCAUGACAGUGAGGGAAAUCUCGCAACAAAACAAGUGGUGUUCUUGCAGAGGCCUGUUAAAUCCCAGUCACUGCGGAAACACGGUGAGGUGGGCUCUGUACGGAGAGAUGUGGUCAGUCACUCUGUGAGUCGAGGAGUUGGAGUCCCUCACGCAGAGGAACUGUCCCCAUGUUCAGGGGGCAUCGGAGGUUUCCCAGUAUUUGGAGGGGGCUACCCCAGUGCCCUGUCCCAUCUGGAGGAAGGGGGCUUUGAGCAGGAUGAUGGGGCAGCCGAGGUUACGUGUAUGUGACCAGCCAGCCUCUACAGCAAGCAGUCUCGACAGUGUCGGAUCAAGUCUGUGUCAACGAUCAAUCAAGUUUGUGAUAUAAAUGGUUUUCUUAAGCUUGACCGUUAGGAGUUAAGCCUUUUUUGCAUUUACUCUGUCCCUGGAAAUGAGUUUUUGCACCCCUAUAUAAGAACUUUUAGCACUUUUUAAAAUUUUUCCUAUGAAGCCAUAACUUCCACAGGAGGUGAAUAUCAUCUCAUUUUUCUGUCUUUUUAUGAUGAACCGCUGUAAGGAAAUAUGCGUCUGACCAUCCCCACCACCUCAGACUUCCUGUAGAAAAUGUACUGUAUGAGUAACACAGUGACCACAACAGGUUUCCAGUGCUGCACAUUCAUUUCCCCUCACAUUUUUAUUUUUUUUUACCCCCUACUAACUCUACAACAGUCAGCACCUGCGUUGACUUGAGGCUAGACACUGGCUCACGCACAGAUCUUUUGCAGGAUGUAAGAUCCUCUGCAGGAUGUAAACAUUUAUGUGGUCUGUUUUUCUGACAUGCUUCUGUUGGUACUUGGGACAUCCAGGCUUUUGCAGUCAAAACACUAUGAGCAUUCCAUCCUCUCUGGGAAGCCAUGGAUUUUGGAUGGGGCUUUCUUGGGACAGGCCUCUUUGGGAAACUUGUUUUUUCACUAUAAAUUGUUCAUACACACAGCCUGGUUCUUUAGCGGGUAGAAAGCAAAAAUGUCUGACACUCAAGGCUGUGUCUGUUGGUCUGCAGCAUUCUGCUGGAGUAGUGCUGUACAUUAAUCACCAGAGGAAUGCUUAUGGAAUUGUUUUGCCUGUACAGUGUUUUGGUCACAGUUCUAAAAGGAAGGUUAUUCACACUGUUAUUACUCCCGCACAGGUUCACUUAUAAAAGCACAGUGUUUUAGUUGAGUAAUAAUCAUCUGGAUAACUCACUGGGUACUGCACUCGUUCAUUUUGGUAUUAAGCAUCACAGUGGCUCUUACUCAUUAAAGUGGCACAUGGUCAAACAAAACUAUCAAUAUCAUCCAUAAUAAAAUUCAAUAUAGAAAAUAUCAGUAAUACUAAUAAUUUGGCCACAUUGUUUACCAGUACAAAAGUGCAUGCGUAUAAGAAUUGCUGCAAUUAUUCAAUUGAAAAGCAUAUUACACUGUGCUUUUGUUUUAUAUUACUGACAUUGCAUAAAAAUACAUAAAUCUACUGCAUAAACAUCUCUUUACAGCAGUAUAAUGUUUAAAUGUUACUGUAGGAAAAUAAUCACUCUUAUCACUGUGCUGAGACAUUUCACAUUUUAAUCUUUCCAGUUGUAAUUUUAACACAAAGUUUGGUCAGUAGGGGGAGCAGUGCACCCAUGGACCUCAAACUCCACCUGUGGCCGCAGCCAUUGGCUCAUCAGCCGCUGAAUGCUGUCAGUUUAUUUGCUCCCUGCUGAAACGUGCAUGAAUUAGGGUGUGUUUCAUGUAAAUGAUAUAGAAAUGAGGUACUGUUAUUCUGGCGCUUGAUUUCACGCACUGAAACAGAUCAAAAUCUGCUUGUUUUUGUACAAAGGUUUCACAGAUCAGGUGCAGAGUAGUUCAUACACCAGUAAAAGCAGUGACAUCUGCACUGUUUGUAUGCAGCUUUGAUGAAUAAGGGCUACUGAACAACUGUUUUUGCUUGCUUUAGUCUGAAAUAAGUGAGCUCCAAGUUAGUAAUGGUGCUACUCAGUGUUAAAACUAGGAAUGCAUCAUUAUUCUGGGUCAAUUCUGAUAUCUUGCAGAUACAUACUGCCAUAUGUAAACAUUUAUACAAUGUAGAAGAUGGAACUAGAUCCACAUCAAUUAGCAUUAUUAAUCAAACAUUUAUUUCUGGGUUACAAAUGUAUUAAAACAAAUAAAAUACUGAUAUUUCAGCACAGCAGCCCAGCGGUUUGAAAUAUCGAUCAAAUCUAAAAGUGUGUUCAAAGCAAGUAUGUUUUUUUUUUUUGUUUUUUUUUUAAAAUAAAUAUCUACUGGUAUUGAUAUGAUUACGAUGCAUCCCUAGUUAAUGUUACGUUCAAAAUCUUGGAAAUGUUAACUUUUUUUGUACUCUGCCCAGAUUUAAUAUUCUUUAUUACUGACAAUGUUUGUCUUUCAGCAAAACCAAUAGGCUAUAGAACAUAUGCUGCUGUAUAUAAAAUUAAUAAGCCAUAGAUUAUUGAGGUCCUUUUUGUGUAAUUUUGAUUUUAUUAAGCCAGUGUUACCUACCAGCUGCAGUAUUUGAAUAUUUGAGCAUUAACUUACCAGUUAUUCUUGGUGUUAAUAUUUUAUUAAACCAUGUAUACCAUCUUCUCACUU